UGUCAGACACGAAUUUUGUUCGAAUUUUGUUACACUCUUAUAACAGUAUAGGUGAAUCGGCGACGUUAAAGACAUUACUUGGAUCAUUUAAAAACGAUUUUCCUGCGCUUGGUAUUACGUAAAGCCUUCGGUCGUUAUCGUUAUUAUCUGAUCGCGGUAACAAAAACUCGGCGUUAAUCAUCGCCGGGAAUGCCCCGGAAUAGGUCCCGACAAUGCAUAACGAGAACAGUAAGCCGGCUAUUAUUUCCGCUGAUAGGAAUCUUUAACUACACCGAUUGUUUCUCUGUCGCGUAUCUCGGUCGAAAAUAACAGUACCAGAGUUUGACGUGGAAGGUAUAAAUUUACGGUCGCGCGAUCACGCUCGAUAUUAGUGCCGAUUCCAACGACAGAGGAGCUUCGAAAAUUGCCACCAUGAAGUACCUGUCCAUUCUUCUUUGUCUCUUCUUGUGUUAUGAACUGUCGUCGCAACAUCGCAUCCGAGGUUUCGGUCCCGAGAGGAGGAUGCGCGACGCGAUCUUCGAGGAGUGCGCUAAGGAUGCGGGCGUGACGGUCGAGGAACUGGAUGCUUUGGAUUCCGGGGAAGCGAGGGAGAAAUUUUUGAACGGCGACGGAGACUACAGAAAUGUCGGGUGCUUCUCAGCGUGUCUGCUGCAACGCCACGGUUUCAUGGAUGGAGACACUUUCGCCAAACGACCCACGCCAGAUUACGCCGGCUCCUUGGACGAACACAGAGAUAAUUUCAUAAAAGGCGUACGUGCUUGCGAGGAAACCGCCGAGGGUGCCGGCGACGCGUGCGACGUGGCUCUCGCGUUCGAAGUGUGCAUGGAAAAGACGAAGGACGCCUUGUGAAUCAUGAACUGAUUUUUACGACGAGAAUGUUAGUUAUUGUAGCGACUAGUAGCCAUCGCAAUCGAGUGUAAUUAAGCUAUCGAUGUGAAUAAAAUUGUGAAUAAAA